ACUAGCAAUGCAUGCAUAUCCUAUUCAAUGUAAUUUGAGCAUUCUGUAGAAACGAAACUCAUGGAUUUGGCCAGCCCUCGAGUUUCGAGCAGGGAGGGAAUUAUGUAGAAAAGUGAUUAUCAACUCCAACAGGGAUAUUUAUUUAGAGGUACCAGAAUCUUAACUGCGAGGCAAUUGAUACUUAUCACCUGGAGCCUGGCUAGAAACAUGUCAGGGGAGUAUUGCCUAAUUUCCUGUGUCCUUCUGCUCAUGGUCAGCUUGUCUGUGGGGUUACAGAAUGGGAACAUGAGGCUGGUGGGGGGUGAGCUGGCCCUGGAGGGCCGUGUGGAGAUCUACUAUAAUGGACAGUGGGGGACCGUGUGUGACGACAACUGGGACAUUACUGAGGCACAGGUGGUGUGUCGCUAUCUCAACUACCCUGGUGCUCUCACUGCUGUGGUGGGUGGGACAUACGGACAAGGAUCUGGUCCUAUCUGGAUGGAUGAUCUAAACUGCGAGGGGACAGAGAAAGACUUGUCCCACUGUCUCUUCAAAGGCUGGGGGGUUACUGACUGUCAACAUGCUGAGGAUGCUGGUGUGGUCUGUGAAAGAGAAUCGUCUCAGAAUAGCAGUCGCGUCUACACUCUGGACCACAACACAGGCCUCAGUAACCACAUGGGGGUGCUGUUUGAUAGUGGACGUGACUGUGACUUUGACAUCAUGGUGCGGGUUGCAAACAGCGCUGUGGAAACUAUCUGUGUUCACAAGCUGAUUGUCACUCUGGACCCAAAUGCCUCCAUCUUAAACACCACACAAGAGGAGAACCUCAGUAACCUCAACCUAGACGUCAGCCUCAACUGCCGGCCACAUGUCACUGACUUCCUGAGGUAUCUGUACACGCGGCAGAUUAACGUGACCAUGUCCUCUGCCCAGUGCAUCCACAAGAUGGCGUCCGACUGGGGUCUGAAGCAGCUUCAGGAGGCGGCAGGGAGGCUUUUCACCUGGCUGCUCCCCGAUGAUGCCUCCUUCCAGACCCAGACCUCUCUGUACGAGUACUCAGUCCACACAGGCGACACAGUUCUGCAGGAAACCUGUCUGCGCUACCUUGCCUGGAACUGUGAGUCACUGAUCCGUUCCCCAGCUUGGACUGGUCUUGCCCUGGGCACAGUAAAGGCCCUUCUAGCCCGUUCAGACGUGGUAGUGCCAGAUGAGGCCUUCCUCCUAAAGAGUUUGGAGGACUGGGUGUUGGAACAGGGUAACUCGUCCACCCACGAAGACCAGGUCGCCAUUUUGAACCACAUCCGUUUUCCCAUGAUCGCUGCUGAAGAUUUGUUCAACCUCAAAGCCAAGUCUGAACUGUACAUGGACCAACAAGAGCGUUAUAAUGCCGGCAUGUUGCAGGGCUUUCAGUUCAAUGCACUACCCUUCCAGACGCUAGCUGGGGGCCUCCUCCUUAAAAAGGUGGAAUACACACCCAGGAUCUACACUGGCAAGCCAUGGAGCUUCACUUUCAGCUCAAAGGAUCUCAACACGUUCCGAUACGUCGGACACUAUUCCCACUCAGGUCAGAACCUCAACAGCCUCAGUGCUAACUUUGACAGCCCUGUGCACAACAGUGCCUUUUUUUCCCUGUUCAAAAAGCUCAACUGGAACACCAGGGUCUUUAUCCACAACUAUGAAUGCUCAAACAGCGGCAUCAGCUGUCCGUCGCUGCCGAUGGUCUCGCUAACUGCCCAGAAUAACAGGGAGUUGCCCCAAGAGUAUCAGGACAGCAUCCGCUACCUCAACAAGGUUGUCCUGAUGUGUGAAGGGGAGUUUGUAUUCCAUGUCCAGGAUUUUGCAUCCACGAUUGGCAAUGGCGGCAAUCUGGCCCAGAUUCCAGCAAACAUCUCUGCGGGCCAGACCUAUCCGUGCCACUCAGACCAGUUCUCCUACCGCGUGGUGGUUCAGCCUGUGUACACCACUGAGAUCAAGGAGAAUUAGCAGGAAGUAGAGGGACAGGAAUAUGAGGAGAUAAAGUGAACGAAGAUCACUUGGUAGUUAGUAGUUCUUUUUCAAUUAUCCAAGUUUAACAAAGCAAUUUUAGCAACGUCAAUGUAUGUAAUCCUAAGUGUUUUGUUUAACCCAUCCAAUAUCUUCUGAAUGUCACUUCCAGGCAACACUGCAUUAUCAUUCUCAGUGGCGAUUUUAGCAUGUAAAUCUUGGUGUGGCAAAAAACAAACAAAUGGGAUGCAUGCCAGCAAAGCCACAACACUAAACAAUACAUUAAUUGCACUAUAACGGUGACAAACAGUGCCCACAAACUGUUAGGGUCAACUUAAAGCUGUCCUAACAGCAGAGUCCCAACAGCAGUCCCAACACCUUACCACUGCAACACCUGGCUAUCAGCGUCUUUGUCUGGCAGCGAAACAGUUAAUUCAGCCUCAUUUACUGCCUUUAAAAAAAACAGCUGAUAUGGCUGACUUGCUUAAAGAAAUGUAGUUUCUACUGACAAUUGAGAUGUACAAACUAUGGAAUUAGGGGAGGAUAAGAGGCAAUCCGUAAUUUCGAUUUAGACGUUAAUGAGCGAGCUAGGACAGAUAUAGUCAAUAUAACUAUUUGUUUAGCACUUUUGAAAUAUACAGAAUUCAGAACUUGAGCCGUUUUUACAGUGUUCUCCCUGUACACCAAGUCAGAAGCGUAGGAUAAAUAAAGGGGGCAUUUAAGCAGACAAUGGAAGCUCUUCCAAAAUUUGAUGAUUACAUUUCUCUAAAACAGGUUAUAGGCUACAUGUGCACCACCAAGUCAGAACAGUAGGCGAAAUUAAGAGGGGUAAAUAGACCAAAUUAUCAAACAAUCAAAUGUAUUAAAAAUCCCUUUUUACAUUAGCUGAUGUCACAAAGAGCUAUACAGAAACCCAGCCUAAAAGCCCAAACAGCAAGCAAUGUAGCAGCACGGGUGAGGCACAUGGGCUACUAACAGAUUACUACACAACAUACACUUAGUAUUACUUUCUUAGAUACAGUAUACAUAUCUCCCUGGCAUAUUACAUGAUUUAUGCAGCAGCAUACAAGACAUUUUUGGACUCACCUUGUUGUGCUGUGCUCACUUGAACAGGAAGGUGGCACGGUGGUCCUUCGUGGGCUUUUGUGAUCAAAGUCUCUGGAUUUAUGGUGCUUUCAAGACAACUGGGAACUGGUUGAAUCAUGAUGACUUCAGUGAUCUUCAGGUCGUAGCUCUAGAAAGAGGCCAGAGUGCCUGACUUACAAUUCGGAGUUGGAUGUCCGUUCAAACGUAUUUCCCAGUCGGAGCUCGUUUUUUCCGUAUUUCCCAGUUGUCUUGAACUAAAAAAAGUCAAGUUUUCGCAGUUCCGAGUUAACGGUUGUUUUGAGCGCGGCAUAAAUCAUGCUUCAUUGACAGCAUGGCCAAUGUUGAAUGAUUUCAUUUUAAACGUGGAAAAGAGCCCCUUUAUCCCAGAUUUGGGACCACACAACCACUGUCACUGAUUCCUUCCAAACCACUCAUUGUUGAAUUUGCGAUUUCAAACUAGUUGUGUAAUGUUUAUAUCCAAUGGCCGAUGAACACUGAUACAUUUUAUCUAUAAUUUCUCUUCAUUAUUUCUCUUCAUAUGACAAGGAUUAAAAAGAUUUGACAGUAGAUUGUCGACUUGAUUCAUGGUGAUGACUGCUAGCUAAGAUUUUGAAAGCAGUCCAAUCAAAGCUACUGUACAUAUACUGUGAAUUGAUGUAAUUUUAUGGGGGGCCAAUGACAUUGAUCCUUCUUGUAUGGGCACUUCUAAUGUAACAUAGUGUCCCCAUGAGUGACAGAACACUGAGCCAAUCAUGGUGCAACGCUCCGUAUUUUCUGCUGGCUUGCCCCACCACCACAGAAAGCACUGAGCUAGGCUGAAACACCUGCUUUUUGGAGCUGCCUUACUCAAGAAAACAAAAAAGAGACCAUGUUUGUAUGCAGCUUUAUUAACUCAAUUAUAUAUAUAUUAUUAUUUUUUACAUUGUUUGCAAACUGAUACGUGACGUGUAUUAAUGCCAAAAUAACAUGCAAAACAGGCAAAAUGCGGGGCUUAAAACAGGGUCACCACUGAUCGUUCAUAAUGUUUAAUGUUACUUUGAAAAAUGUGGGUCAUGAUCAUAUGUUCACGACAAAUAACUUUCUAUGUAUGGUUGUUUUUAAUAAAAGUUUUAGUGAAGUUAA